GAAAAAUAAUUUUGUUUACCUACACCAUAGAGUUUGUUUGUGAUUUUCUAAUUGCGCGGACUGCAGUGUUGUUUUAAUUUUGUGGUUAAAUAUACGUCAACACAUUGGUUAGCAGCUCCUCGUCAUUAUUCAUCGCGGAACGUAGUAAUAUACUAGUCAUUGAAAAUUUCGGUUUCGUCGUGAGAUAUCGUGUCGAACGUGUAUUAGUGCGGCGGAACAGUUAGCAGUUAACACCGGCUUCUCUGAUCACUUAAGGUGUUAUUAGCAGAUAAAAUCGUUAUCGGAUUGCUGGCUAGUUAAAAAGUUAAGAAAGGAAAAUAAAUAGAUUCUCGAUGAAAACAAAAAGAAAGUGAUAUUGUCCAAGAACCCGAAAUUUCUUUGUUUAUAUACAUAUGUAUAUGCCAAGAAAUAUAAAUCAUUCUAUUUGUUGCUAAAAAAUGUGUGUGUGAAAUGUGUGUAGUUUCUUAAAUAGAACCAUAACAACAGUAAAAAAACAGUAAUAAAAAAAACAUUUGUGUUAACAAAACCACAUAUACUUGCAAACAAACAACCCCCUUAACCAUUUUUUCUAAUUGGAAUACGAAAUAUAAAAACAGUUGCUUUUGCCCUCUCCACCACCAUUCAACCAUGACUUUCUUGGACUACAUCAUGCCUGUUCGGUUGUCGCCAAUGUGGUGCCUUCUUCUGCUAGGAUGCAUCCAAUUCAAGGUCAAUUACGCAGCCGACACGAAUCCUUUGAUAUUCUCCACAAACGAAUGCUUCCUAACAGAACCGGUGUAUGGACACGUAUUUAACUUCAGUGCCUUACAAACGGAUUUUGCCCAUUGGGCUAACGGUGAUUAUGGUGAUACAUUUGAAUUCAACAUAUGUGGCAAUUUGAAACGUUCUUGUCACGGACGUUCGGAUGCGGCGGCUUGUUUGAAAAAAUCUGACAAUACGGAAUAUGUUUUGGGAACUAAACAUCAGCUGGAAUAUCAUAAUGGGAAAAUGUAUUUUACAUUCUCUAAUGGUGAAAAAUGUCCAAACACCAAUGACGUCUACACGCUACACGUAUUUAUGGGCUGUGAUUAUACAUUGGACAAAAAUCAAUCACGUGUCACAUCAUAUGCUAAAAAUUCCUGCUCAUUUUACAUAACAUUUGAAACACCUUUGGCCUGUCUACCAGAACCAGAAAACACGAAAGGAAAUAAUUGUAGCGUCUAUGAUCCCAAAAAUAAUCAUGUCUUCGAUCUAAUGCCUCUGAGUGAUACGAACUACAGAACCAUUAAUCGCAAAGGAGACCUAUUUAUUCUAAACAUUUGCAAGCCAGUACUUUACGGUGAGAAUGCAAUGUGUCCACCGGAUAGCAGUGUGUGCUUUGAAAAAGUUAAUGCUAAUUAUAAAGAAAAAUUCAUCAAUUAUGGCACAGCACAACCUAAUCCAAUUAUAGAAAAUGGAAAUCUGAUUAUGCGUCUUCCCUCGGCCGAACCAUGCAAAGGUUCAACAAAUUACACAUCCGUGAUAACCUUCACUUGCGAUGGAGAUUUUAUGAAUGGCCAUCCAGAGUUUACAGGGUUGGUCGAUGACUGUGUUUAUACAUUCUCGUUUCCGACACAAUAUGCCUGUAAUGAAUUGCCAGCAUGUACAGCUGUCACCCACGAUAAGGAAAUCAUCGAUAUGAGUUCUUUGAAGGAUACAAAGUUGGAAUUGAAACGAGAUAACCAGACGUACGUUUUUGCUAUAUGCUCAACGCCGGGUGAACCUUGCAUGGAAAAUGAUGGUGCCUGUCUACAGGUCAAUAAUCAAGCAACUAGUCUGGGCAAAAUCAGCACUCAUCUGAGCAUAGAUAAAACUGGCACUCCAUAUCUGUUAUACGAGAAUGGGGCUAAAUGCGAAAUGACAGCAGGUACGGGUGCCUCAACCAAGUGGUCAACACGGAUUGAAUUUGUCUGCGCCAAUAGAACGGGCGGCAGCGGCAGUGGCAACGAUAGUAAUUUCGGUCCUAAAAUAAUUGAAAAUUCCAAAUGUUCCCUCUUAAUACACUAUCAGACGGAGUUGGCAUGUCGAGAGCUGAUAAAUUGCAAAACAAAAGUCUACGUUGAACAUUCAGAGGAUGGCACCGGCAUGGAUGUCAUCGAUUUGACACCCUUGAUUAGUAAUUCGGAAAACUAUGAGGCCGAAAUUGAUGCUGUUUUAAUUGGACAACAGGGAUUGACGAAAUCAACAAAGAUUUUUCUAAAUGUAUGCCGACCAUUAGUGCCCAAAUAUGCUUUGGGCUGUCCCGGAGGUUCGGCUGCUUGUAUGGCUAACAUUGAUAAAGUAUCUGGUAAACCGGAAGAGGAAAAGAGUCUUGGUUUUCCUUUGGCUUCUUUGGUGGGCACCAAUCGAACUAGUGCCGAGCUGCGUUAUUUAUUGGGAGCUCAAUGUCCAACGGAUGCGAAAUCUCAAUUGUCAUCAAAAAUUGAAUUUACUUGUCAAAUGCGAGCUGGACGAGGUGUGCCCAAAUUACGUGCAGUCGCUGAUUGUCAUUACCAAUUCACAUGGGCAACGAAUGUUAUUUGCCCACCGCAUAUGUGCUCCUUCAAUGAGGAUACCUGCGAAAUAAUGAAUGAUGAGCUGAAUGUCAGAUACAAUUUAAAAAAAGCCUCCUUUGCCAAUGGGGGUAAGACAAAGGUUAACUCAAAUUCGGGUGAAUUUACUUUAGACCUUUGUGACUCCCAUCACAAGGCUGUCACGGAUUAUAGUCAAGGUUUGGUAAAUCUCUUCUUUACCACCAAAGGUUCCUGUGAUUCAUAUGGUAUUAUCAAUGUACAAAUGCGUUUAAUUUGUAGCAGUAUUACAAACUCUUCAACAUCGUUUAGUGAGUGCAAUUUGCUGUAUAUCCAAAAGACACCAGAUAUUUGUGAUUUUUUGGGUAUAAAAUUAAAUGAGCCAAGUGUGACAACCACAAGAACUCCCCCCACAUCAGCGACAAGCACCCAUGUGCCUUCGAAAUCCACAACUUGGUAUCCCACAGAAAGUUCGGGGGAUGCCAAUAAACAUCCAGCUGAGCGUACAGGAUCUAUAGGAGCCAUAUUAGCGGCCAUACUUUCGGUUACAUUUCUGGUGGCUUGUUUGGGUAUGUUUGCUUUCUCACCGGAACGCCGCAAUAUGGUGAGACGCCUAUUUAAUAGGACCUCAUCUGCCGUUAGAUACAGUCGGGUAAACAAUAGCGAAGAAGGCAAUUUGCUGCUAAAUCCUAAUGGAGAAUUCACUGAAUCGGAUGAUGAUGAUAUGCUGCUUUAGACAUCAAAACCACAACAAUGAUGAAGACGACGACGAUAACGAUGAUGAUGAUGAUGAUGUCGACGAAGAUGAUGAUAAUGAUACUUGAUUCUCUCUAAAUCGCGCCCACUCAUAGCAUAGUUUCCUUUGGCACCCAUACAGGCCCAUUUCAAAUCAUAAUGGAAGGAGACAACACAAAAAGAAACUCUUAAAAAAAAGUAUAUAUUUUUUCUAAGCCUCUUUAAGGUAUUUGCUAAAAAUGGUAUUGAGCUUAAAUAUUUUUAACUUAAACGAAAACAAUACAAAAAAAAAAUCUGUAUGUAUAAUAAAUGUUUAUAUUUAUUGUAUAGCUUAUGAACUGAUUUUUAACUAAAGUUUUAUAAAUAUACACAAAAGGAAGAGAUAAGAAAAUGAAAUAAAAAAAAAUCCUAACCUAAUACAUAUAGAGCAGAGAAAACCCUAUUUAACACCAAAGAUUUAUAUAUGUAUACAAUACCCACAAAAGAAAACACUAAGAAAUAAAAAAAGACAUUUCUAUAUUGAUAUUGAAGUAUAUAUCCCCCAUUUAUUUUAAAAUCUUUAUUUAACUAUUUUCAAAUUAAAAAAAAAAAAAAAAAAAAACAAUUUAACAAAGUCAUUUAUAUAAAACCAAGUAUAUAGAUAUAAAAUGGAUAUGUAAUGAGACUUUUAGGUAGCUCCUCCCUAGGACCAAACCAAUGACCAAUCCUUAAGGUGUUUGAAAUAGAAUUUUGUAGGUAUUGUAGAAGAAAAGUAAAAAAAAAACACUAGAAGAACAUUUUCUUAAACUUUUCUCUUUGAACCUUAAGUUAUUUGAACAUAUAUUUGUUAUAAACAUGGGCUGAAGAAAAGCGAGGUUUAAAAUAACAUGCAAAGUGUUAAAAAUUUGUGUUUCUUUUCAAAACAUUUCAUAAUGUCUAAUUCGGUUAACAGUUUUAUCACUCGCCUAAAAGUAUGCUUUAGAAGUUAAUAACCAUAAUCACUAGUAUUCAAAUGUUGAUGCUACCUUUAGUCAGCUAACUCUUUAAGAUUUGUUACAACUCAAAAUUAAAUUGAACCAAUCAACGCUUUAUGUGUGUUAGACCUUGAACGCUGGUUGUUUCAGCCCAUGUGUUAUUUUUUAAGACAUUUAAAGUCGACUGUAUAUUAAAUAUGUUUUUAAUUUGAACAAAAUUAAUUUUUUAGUUUCUGAUUUAUUAUUUAAACGAAAAAGACUUAUUUUUAAUUGAUUUCGGCAUAAUGUACUUAAAUGAAAUUAUUGGAUAUUUUAAAAUAAACAUGAAUUUUGAAA